UCGAGUUCGGGACCCCGGCUUGCGCCCAUCUUGCUCGCACUUUGAUCCUCAAAGACCGCUUGCCGCGCGGCACUUCGCAGAAUCCUGGCCUCAGGCCCAAUACUUAAACUCGUUUUAGCAAGCUCCAGGCCCUCGCGGUGCUUCAAGGGAGGCCGCGUCGUGCCGGAACGGCGAAAUGGGCUUGGCCUGGGCUUUGGACCCGGCCGUCCUCGGCCAGGUCUUCGCUGCGAUCCUGCCUGUGUGGCUUCUUGGCGCUCUGACUGGCUAUCUGAUUCCCCGGCCUGCGCCGGGCAAGACUCCAAGCGCUACUAGCUGGGCCCUCUUUCUGUCGGGAACGGGCUUCCGUCGAUGGGCCAUCGUCUACCACCUCUGUAUCAUUGUCCGGGACUUCUGGCGGACCUACUGCGCGCCGGGGACGUUCCGCGCCUUCUGCAAAGCCGUGGUCAGCUGGGCGAGCGGCAAAGGCUUUAACUUCGAGUUCCCAGCGGUCGCUGCGGAUGGCAGCUCCGUUGCUGAGGUUGGCACGAAGAGCGAGCGCGACGCUGACAACUGGUAUGUCACGCAGAAGGACCUGGCCUUCUUUCAGUACCACAUGGAGCAGGGCGGUGUCAGCGAGGGCGCCUCGCCCUGGGAGGUGCUGAUGGAGAAGGAGGUGCCCAACCUGAUCAAAUACGUCGCUUACCGCCGCACCCUCAAGAGCGGCAAGACGGAGUACAAAAGUGUUACCUACAGCCCGGACGCCACCGCCCAGGAGUUCAUGGACCUGUACUUUGACGACGACUUCCGCCCCAAAUGGGAUACCAUGAUCAUCCACCACGAGGUGCUGGAGCACGGCGACUUUGCGCAGCGCCAGCAGGUGGUGCGCUGGACGCGCCGCUUCCCCUUCAAGUUCCUGUCGGACCGCGAGUACACCAUCGCGCGCCGUCUGUUUAAGACGGACGACGCCUUGUACGGCCUGACCAAGGUCAUCGACCACCCCAGCUCGCAGCGCGACACCCAGGUGGUGAAGAUGGACGUCUUCUACAGCAUGUGGCGCUCUCGCACUGUGGAGUGCCCCUGGGGCAGCGGCAAGGCCGCCUGCGAGACGGUGCUGCUGCACCACGAGCAGUUUAAGAUCAUGGAGAACCUGGCGCGCUUCGCCGUGCGCCACGGCAUGUGGGGCUUCGUGCGCAACCUGGCGGAACGCACGCCCGAGUUCACGGCCGCGCGCCGCGGCCGUGGCGUGGGCCCUAACGACGUGGACCCCAUGGCGUACGGCCACAACGGAGCGCCCAUCCCGCCCGGCAGCAGCAGCGGCAGCACCGGCGGCGCCAACGGCACCGGCGGCAUGCAGAUGUCGCAGAGCUCGCUGUCGCUGUGCUCCAUGGACAGCAGCAGCGUAGGCGGCAGCGGCGGCUACGGCAUGGGCGGCGGCGCCGGCCACGGCGGUGCCCUGUCGCUGAGCCGUGCUGCCAGUGAGGGCCUACCGGGCCGGCCCAAGCCGGUGCCGGGCCGCGUGAAGGGCUUUUUGGCCAUGGCUGUGGCGGGCAUGGUGGCGGUGGCGGUCAAGCGCAGCAGCUCGGUGCCCAGCGGCCUGGAGAACGUCAAGGCGCUCAAGAGCAAGCGCCGCAACCUGCGCCAGUCGAACAGCAUGCUGUUUUAAGUGCGCCGCUGCUGAGAGCGAGACCGAAGACAAGUGGUGGCGACGCGAGUGAUUGCGCCGCGGCGAUGAACACACGGAGGGAGCUGCGACGGCAAUGGCUGCAGCGCCGCACCGCUGCUCACAAAAAUAUACGGGUAUCGCAGAUCGAUGUGGCUUCGGCCAAUGUCUCUAUAGUCUUCUUAUUGCGACUCUAUGGGUGCGCAUAAGAAACAGGAUGUGAUUUGCAUUAGGGUAAGCAGUAUUCGUCUUCGAUGUCUCGGUGACUUUGGGUAGCGUCGUGUGAUUGAUAGAUCGUUCAACCAUGUAGGGUUGGAUCGAAUGCAGGGUAUCUGUCAGCAGGCAUCUAUAGUGCUGGUACGGAUCACUUACUUAAUGGCGCGUGUGCUCUGCAUACGCGUACACCCUUACCCAUCACGGAUCCGAUCGGAUCGUCACAAGCACAAGGGGCGCCCGCAUGACCUCGGUACUCCGGCAUGCGCUUCAGGUGGCCCCUUGCAUUCCCGACACGUUCCUAGAUCCUUCUCCCUUUCAUGCCUAGUUAUGCCUUGUGCGGGCCCAAACCGCACAAGCUGUUUCCUGACUUUAAACCCUAAAUGCGGACGGUGUGCAAAGCACCAUUUCGUUUCGUGGAUGGGGCUGUGCUGCUGUUGGAACUGAGCGUGCUAAUGGCGCCCGUGUCGAAUCGCAACUUCCAAACAAGUUGUGAUUGCGCGGGGUUUUGGGUUCACAAUGGAUUGUUGCGUAUGUGGUAUGUGAUGCAGAGUGCGAGCGGAUGGUGAUUGCGCUGGGGUGGAUCCGGCAUGCGGAAGGCGUAGGACUCAAGUGGCGCAGGUGAACAGCUUUCGAGUUUGCCCCGGAAAGUUGGGGUGUUGCCUCCAGCAAUUCGGGGGCCGGUGGAGUAUGGGGCACAUACAGGGUGAGACAUUUGGUUGGCAACGGAGGAGAAAAGCGUGUUGCGCAUUGCAUGAGUUGGUCGCGACGAGGGGAGUAUCGUGGGGGAGUACCCACGAGGAGUACCGGAGAAGAGCACAACUGGACGUGAAUGCGCCAGCAAGUCCGCCGUCCGAUGCCGGAAUCGCCCUCUCCGAGGUGUUUGCCUCGAGGGCUCCCGGGCAUGGGGCAGAGGACAAGGCAUCAGCAUGUAACUUGCAUGGGUG